UCACUCCGAUUUGUCCGAUAGCUGUCACUGUCAGUUCAUUGUGCUCGUUGUCGUAAAACUAAAAUUUAAACAACUAUAACAAGGGGAUUUGAAACGUCCGAGAUGUCCCUCGGAUCAUGCGUUUUCAGUCGAGCACGACGAAGAAUAUUAUUAUCUUUAUGGAUUUUGCUAACACCAAACACCCUUUUCGUAUAUUGAUAACGCUCCACUGAUAACGGUGAAUGUCCGCACAUCUGGUCCCGCGGUGGUCAUCGUCCCGUCCAUCCGCUGUUUCACCACCGACGACGCUCGCCCCGCCGUGCGUUAAAAUAUCGAUUUCACCGCUUCAGGGCACCUAUCGUGCUGUCGUCGUUGUUGUUGUUGUUGUUUUGAUCGUGGUCUGCGUGCCAACACCAUAAUGUCCGUAAACAUGACCGAAGAAGUCCAAAGCGACGAGGUUUUCAAAAAGCUCGAUGCGUUGAAAGACAUCAGAGACAAAACUGAAAAACUGGAAACACUAAAAAUGAACAUUUUGAAAGAAAUUGAAGCAAGUGAUCAAGAAGAUAAAUGUCUUAUUGAAUAUCGCAAGGAAUUGGAACUUUUACUGCAAGAAAAAAUGGCACAUGUUGAAGAACUUAGACAGAUACAUGCUGAUAUAAAUGCUAUGGAAAGUGUAAUAAAAAAAGCUGAAGAAUCUAGAAAUCGAUCAAUGGAACGUGCUAAACAAGUCCAUGAUGAAUAUAAACCUCUUAAGACAGAUAUUGACCUUAUGCGUAGAGAUUUACUUGGACUAGAACGAUUACCAGAACUUCAUGAAGAAGAAAGUGAUCUUGUGCGACCAGAUCUAUUUGUGCAGACCUAUUUUGAUAAACAAAUUAAACCUGCUGUGUCAACUCCCCCUAAUUCAGAUUGGCACAAUGGUGAUAGUGUACAAAACCUUUCUCAAGCACAUCAGCAUGCUCAAGCUGCAGUGGCGGCUUUUCUUGGAUCACAAGCAGCUCCACUUCAACAACUUGCUACUAGUAGCAAAAUGGUAAAUGGUGGACCUGUAGAUACUAGACCAAUACCUCCAAUUCCUGGACCACCAACAUUCAGUUUUGAAAAUGAUCGUUCUGCUGCUGCAACCAUGAUGGGUAAUGUCAAGUAUAAAAUAAAAGCAGUGCUUACAUCAGGACAACAACCACCACCAAUGAAAUCAUGCUUAUCGUGUCAUCAACAAAUACAUCGUAAUGCUCCAAUUUGUCCGUUAUGCAAAGCCAAAUCCAGGAGUCGUAACCCGAAAAAACCAAAGAAAAAAGAUUAACUAGCAAUGACUCAAAGUGACAAGUCUGAAUUAAAACUUUUAAUCAGAAUUCAAAGUAUAUGAGAAUUUAAAUAAGUCUACUUUGCUGACACUGAACUGGCUUUUAAAAAUUAGACAUUUUAGAAUUAUGGAAAUGUCUAUUUCUUUUUGUUAUACUAAAUAAGAUCUUAUUUAGAUGCUUACCUUAUAACUCAAAAUAGGCUGGCAGAGCUAAGUAUGAGAAUUAAACUUAAACAGUAUUUUUAUUUUUUAAAAUAUUUUAAGGAUCAUGUAUAUAGUAUAUAAUAUAUAUACAUAUUAAAAAAAAAAAUGACAGUAUUAAAAAUAAAAAUUUUUAAAACUGUGAUUAUCUUGAAUUCACAUUCCUAAAAUAAGUAUUAAAUUUAAAAAAAAUGUAUUUCUUUGCAUUCAAUUUUUAUCAUUAAAGUAUUUAUAAUUUUGUAUAUUCAAAUCCAAGUUAAUGUUUUCUCAGUUAAUUAUAACAAAUAUUAUCUUAAGUGAUUUGUGUUUGUAUAUAAAUGAUUUUUAUAAACAUAUGAUUAUGUAUUAUGAUAAUGUCCAUGGUUAAAUCAUAUAUUUAGCCACGAUAAUGCCAUUUAAUAUUAGAAGCAAUAAUGAGUGUAAAAAUAUUUUCUGAUUUACUAGUAUUUAUUGAUUUGAAUGAUUUGUUUAUUUUUGCAAUGUCACAGAAAUUGGUUAAUAAUGAAUUUUAGUUUUGUUCUUUAUCAA